GUCGUCCUCCCAAAUCACUGACAAGACAAGAGAAGAACCCUAUCCCCGGCCGUUGGCCUGAAUCGUGAGGAUGGUGAUGGAGACCUCCCUGCGGCUGCGCGGCGCCACCAGCAACACGGCCUCCAACGCCGGCCUCCGCAUCCACGCCAAGCAGAAGUUCCCCCUCCUCGCCUCCAACGCGCUCCUCCAGGGACACGCGGAGGUGGACACCGUCAGGGGCAAACCGACCUACCUGGCGCUCCUCGCGAGGCACUUCUUCCCGCAGCUGUCCGCCAACGUCGGCGCAGGGGUCCAGCUCGAACGACAUGGCCUACACCCUCCGCGGAGGGGGCAGGAGUCCAGCUGCAGCGACAUGGCGUACAUCCUCCGCGGGAAGAAGGCCGUCUCCUUCACCUCCGACUGCCUCCUCGGGAUCAACGUCAAGGGACGCAUCCUCGCCGACAGCCACUUCAACCCUAAGAGGAAGAGUGGAGCGGUCGAACUGGUUUGGACCAUACUCGACUUCAGGAGAGGCCAGGAUGUCAGGAUCAAAGCAGGCUAUGAGUUCGACCGCAAGAUGCCGUAUUUCCAGGUGAGGGAAAACAAUUGGACUCUGAACGGGUACAUGGAUGGGAAAUGGGAUGUCAGAUUCGACAUGUUCUCCUGAGGAAGCUAUUUGCUUGCGGAGGGGACUUUUCUGACGAUCAAUUAGUCCCUUUAGUUAGUUGUACUCUCUGUCUUUCCUUUUCAACAGUGCUUUCAGUGCUCUCGAAAGAUGGCAUGCACCAGUUUUAUGGGAGAAAACUGUAAGUAGAAGUAGAAACCUGACAUUGUUUAUUGAUGGAUGGAGCCUGGAAAUUUAUGAUUCUUCCUUCAGAUU